CGGAAGUCAAGCGCUCCUCUUCCGGUGUCAGGGGUGACCGUCCCGGCUAAAAAUGGCGGCGCCUGACGAGUUGUUUUGCUGGGAAGGAGACUGGGGUUUACCGUCUGUCAGCACCGACUGUCUGGUGGUUUUGGCCUAUGCUCAGUUUGCCGGAGCUCCUUUAAAACUACGAAAGAUCUGCAACCCCUGGAGGAGUCCCAACAGGUCUCUGCCUGCUCUGAGGACCAAUCAGAAAGCAACUCUGAGCCGGCCUUCUGACAUCAUCAUCCACCUCAGAAAACAGAAAUAUAAUGCAGACUAUGAUCUGUCAGCCAAGGAGGGAGCCGACAGUCUGGCCUUCAUCUCUCUGCUGGAGGAGAAGCUCAUGCCCGCGCUGAUCUACACCUUCUGGAUCGAGCCGAAAAACUACGUGGACGUGACUCGCCGCUGGUACGCCGAGCACAUGCCCUUCCCCCUGAACUUCUUCCUGCCUGGGCGGAUGCAGGGCAGGCAGCUGGAAAAGCUACGACUGCUGCGAGGAGACGAGGGCCUGGAGGCCGGAGAGGAGCUGGAGAAGGAGUUGUACCGUGACGCUGCAGAGUGCAUGAACCUGCUGUCCCAACGUCUCGGCUCCCAGAAGUUCUUCUUUGGAGACUCGCCUUCCUCUCUGGACGCCUACGUGUUCGGCCACUUGGCGCCCAUCCUGAAGUGCAAACUGCCCAACGGGAAACUGCAGCAGCAUCUGAAAUCCCUGGACAACCUGAGCAACUUCUGCACCAACAUCCUGCUGCUGUACUUCCCCCGAGACGGUCGAGAAAGUUCCAGUCAGAAGACGUCCCAACAGUCCGACGGCGGAGAUUUUGACAACGUCCCCAACAAGCGCAGGAAGCAGCUGCUGUCGGCGCUGGUGGCUCUUGGCGCCAUGUUGAGCUACGCCCUCCUGACCGGCAUGGUGUCCAUCCAACACGUCCAUCAGGAGGCGCUGGAGGAGCCGCCAGACCUGGAGGCCAUGGAGUCCCCCGACCACGAUGGGGAAGGAGACGGCUGAUGCCAGCACAGGAUCUUAUCAGGAGGUUAAGAAUCUUUUCUCGCCAAAGGAAGCUACAGGGAAGGUGUUGAUAUUAAACUUAUCACAGUAAACUAAUUUAUGGACACAGACGUGAGCCUUUACGUGGACAGGAAGCGUGGGGGGUGGAGUUUGUACAGAAGUUAAUUAAAUGAAAAUUCUCUGCAUAUCUUGUUCAAGUGGAAUAAUUUAUUGCGGCUUUUUUAGUGUCUUCAUUAACUUCUGUUACGUUUUUAAUUUGUUGCUCUGAGUAAAAAACAUGGAAUCACUUUGUCCUUAGAGAUAUAUUCACCUGUUAAAAGAGGUUCCUGAACUCAUCACCAGAACUCAUCAUUAACAUCUGAGUUUUUCUGCCUUCAACAGAAGUUUCACUUUAAAUAAUAAAAGACAAUAAAUUUAUCAAAGUUAAAA